CGCCACCUGGGCCGCGAUCAUGGCGGGCCCGGAUCCCCGGCAUCCUAUGUCGGAGCUCAACCCCGCUGGGAAGCUGCUGAGCCAUCUCGUGGCGUCGGGAGCCGUCACUCAGGAGCAGUUAGAUAUAUCUAAGAAACCAGUUGCUUGCUUUAAGAAUUUCUUAAGACAACAGCAAAUUGCAGAUAUUGAAGCUGAAAUUGACCAGAAAAACCUAGAAAUUGAACUACUAAGACUAGAAAAAGAUACCAGAGACAUUGUUCAUCCUUACUUUUUAGCUCAGAAAUGUCAUCAUCUUCAAAGAAUGAAUGAUCAUCUGGAAGCAGUUCUGAAAGAGAAGCAGUCUCUCAGGCAAAGACUGUUGAAACCCAGGUGUCAGGAAAACUUGCCUCUUGAAGCUGUUUAUCACAGACACAUAGUCCAUUUAUUGGAACUGGCAAUAUCUUUCAUUGAGGGAUUGGAAUCUCAUCUUGAAACUAUUAGAAAUAUUCCUAAUUUUAAUCGAAAUCUAAAGAAAAUAAGCAUGGCAUUAGCAAAGAUGGAUAUCUUGUUGACUGAGACAGUAGAACUGGGAGAGAAUAUAGUCAAAUGGCGAGAAGAGCAAAAUGCGAUUUCUUCUUGUAUUUCCCAACAUAUUAAAGAAAAUCACCCUCAUCAAUAUGUUACAAUGCCUCCUUUAACAUUUACGUAG